AUGACAAGAAAGAAAAAACCUCUAACAGCUCCCAAGGGCAUUCAAACUAUCAAUGUUGGUACAUCUUUGAAAGUGGAAGGAAAAUCCAAGGGAAAAACAUCGACUUUCCCAAGAGAACCAUCUACAGUUUCUAUGGAGAGUAUUGAGCACACCAGUGUUGUCUCAUCUACGAAAGACAGAGAGGUUACUUCAACAACUCCAAGCAUUGAAGAAAUCAAAAAGUGGAAGCAAGGAGAUGUUAUAAAUUUUUUGCAAGAGAAGAAAGAAGAUCUUGACCUUGAUGAGGAGGAUAUUGAAAUAAUCAGAAAGAAUAAGGUUGCUGGUCAAGCAUUCCUACAUUUAAAUGAAGCAGAACUUAUACAUGAUGGCUUAACUCAAGGACCAGCAAAAUCAAUCACAUAUUUGAUUAAAACUCUUAAAGGCGAAGAAGAUUUGAGGAACUGUUUAGUAUUGCAAAAUUUACUUAUUUUCAUAACAAUUUUACAUCUGACAACUAUAACUGCAAUAUUGUCUCUUAUUUCACUUCUUAUAUUUCUUAUUAAUAUUGCUGAUCAAACAUAUCAAACACAAGAUCAUAGGAGUUUGCAGGAGAUUGUAGAGAAUGCAGUGAAUAAAGCAAUGAAAGAAAAACAAUUUGAAGUGAUAAGUGUAUCAAAGCUGAGUGGUACCAAGAUGAACAAAAUUGAGAAAACUAUGGGUUUUGAAAACAUGCAACUUAGUGUCAGAGAUUUUCCAGACUCUUCAGCUAUAGAGUGUGAUGGAUUCAAUUGGGAUAUGGGCAAAGAUGAAGACAAACAAAUGCAGGAUGUCAAAAACUGGUUUAAAAAUGUAUUAAAUUUAGGAGAAUACUAUUCCAUCGAAGAUGUCCAUAAAUCUACAAAAAAAGAAGUAACAUUAAAUAAAGCUUGUACUAUAUUACAGGGUGGAACUGAUAUUUGCAUUUGCCCAAGUCUAACAGGAUGCGUCUAUGUAGAAACAAAGAAAUCACUCCAAGGAUCAAAAUUAGAAGAAUAUCAAGCUAAAGGAGAAUUACUUAUCGCAAAUGCAGACGUUGCGUUAGAUAUAUUGGUCAUAUUGACAGAUUGCAACGAAAAGUGGACUAUCUUUUUCAUAACCAAAGUUGAAAAUCCAGUUGAGCAAUAUUUCAUUGUAACUGCAGUAAUUGAUGACCGUGGCAAGGCAUUAUUAAGUAUAAUCAAAUGUUUUGUUUUAGAACAGGGAAGCAAAUUUGAUAGCAUUAUGGGAAUGAAUAAGAGAGAGAGUUUAAAAAAAUUUAUAAAUAUUGAAGGUCCAUUAUCAAAAAAGGCGAAGUUCAGAGAAGCUGUUAUAUUUUGUGAUGAGAGAAUGUUGGAUAUGAUUCCAGAUAUGACAGAAGAUGAAUUAUUUCGUAUGAAAAUGAGGUGGGAAUUAAAGAUGCUUGAAAAAUCAGCUAAUAUUGAUGAGAAACCUAUUAUACAACAGUACAUAUCAGCUUUUAGUGAUGAUUACGAAAAUCAUGAACCAUCUGGUUUAAUGUCAAUGUUUGCAUAA